AUGCAUUUAAAAAUCAAAUUUGUUACCAGUGAUGUAUGGGACAGUGAUCCCGGUGUUGAUCUAGCCGACAUAACGCUGGAACUGGGCGAGCUCGAUUACGGUAGGCAGCUGGAUCAACGUUUCGAACAAGCGCCGGUCCAUCUUUCCAAACGCUUUCUCAAAGCUUUACCUCCAGUGGAGCCACUAUCCAACCCGCAGCAUAGUUCCUCCACUGGUGCUACAGGAGAUGAUCGCACACUAUCACCACUAUCAAGACCAUUCCCAAACCCGAAGGCAAACCAGCAUGUCCAUACAUUCCCGCGGAUGGCUCCUCGUUUGCAUGCGCUCGAGGACGACGAUGACUCCAACCGUACACCAAAGCACAAGUUUUUUCGCAACUAUAGCUUCGAUUUUCUAAAGCAAAAGCAGCUGAAAACGAAAAUUGCCUCGGCAGUGGAAAAGAAGCACAUAUUUUCGAUCGUGGGUCACUAUCCGGCAUUGCGAAAAGCGCUCAAGACACGCCACUGGCUUGAAAAGCAAACUUUCCGAAGUGCCUUGCUGCGUGAGCUGUCACACCAUGCCUUGCUGCAAAAGGCAUCGAAUGGGAAUGAGUACGAGGAAGCGCUUGUCUCUAAGUAUCUGAAGCCGUACCUGCCGUACUUCAUCUGGCAGCAUCGGAACAUGCGUGAUUGCAAACAGGAUCGCUUUUACGCGCCGUACCGCAGCCGGAUCCACUAUGAGCGGCCGUACGAUUUUGCUGUGAAAGAGAACUUAAUCCGAUUGAUAAAUGCCUCUCACUGGCACCAGGAGGAAGGUUUCGCUGAGUUGGAUUAUCCACGAACGUAUCUGCUCGAUACGGAGGACAUCAUUACCAAGUUCCAGGAGGAUUACCAGCUUACGAUUGUGAGCAGCUUUCUGUACCACAUGUCCAAACACUUGGAGCACUCGUUCGACGAUGAAGGCACGCUGGCUACGGAUGUGCUAACGAUAGCGAUGAACUAUCUGCGAUACUAUUUGGGUUGCGCACAGCACGAGGACAUCGAUCACGAGGAGUUUUGUGAACCAUUGCUGACACCCGAGAAUCGGCACGAGAUGGAACAGAUACUGGCGGGAGAAGCGCAGUUCGGCAGUAUCCCGGGGUAUGAGGUGCUGUCGUUGGUGGCACAGGUGAAAAAAUUGGUACACGAAGCGGCAAAGAUUUUCCCGGACAUGAAGAUCGAUGGGAUAAGGAACAUGUGGAUACUGAAGCCGGGCAAUCGGUGCCGCGGGCUAGGGAUAAUGAUCUUCAACGACGACCGUAAACUCUUGGAGCACGUGGACAGCAAUCCGGAUGUGAAGUACGUUGCACAGAAGUAUAUCGAGCGUCCACUGUUGAUACAUUGCACCAAGUUCGACAUACGUCAGUACUUUCUCAUCGCCUACACGAACAAUGUGCUCAAGGUGUGGAUGUACAGAAACUGCUACUUACGGUUCAGCUCCCGCAUGUUCAAUCUGGACGACUUCAGUGAAUCGAUCCAUCUGACGAACUAUUCCAUCCAGAAGAACUACGCAAAGGAGGUCCGUGAAGGGGCAGAUGCCCUGCCCGCCAGUAAUAUGUGGUCGCUCAAACGCUUCCAGGAGCAUCUCCAGUCGCUAGACAAGGGUUUCUACUGGGAGCGAAAGAUCUAUCCGGACAUGAAGAAGAACAUCCUCGCAAUCGUCUGUGCCAGCCUCGAUGGGAUGAAGAUGGAACGUAACAUGUUUGAGUUAUAUGGGGCUGAUUUCAUGGUGACGGAAAACUUUCGCACGAUGCUUAUCGAGAUCAACACUAGCCCAGACCUAUCGUCGUCCACCGACGUAACGUCCGUCAUUUGUCCAGCCGUACAGGAAGAUCUUGUUAAAGUUGUUAUAGACAAUACGAAGGACAAAAGAGCUGGUACCGGUCAGUUCGAGUUGAUUCAUUCGCUAGAAAUACCACGCGUAGCACCUUACGGCUAUGGAUUGACCGUCGAUGGACGCUCGAUGCAAUCGAAACAUCGUUCCAAAAGCCCUCUAUCCCCAAUAAACACUUCGACCGGUCCAACCGUCUCCUCUACUGCCACAUCAACACCGAAGAGAGUACCGGCAGUGCCGGUGGCAACAGUAGCAGCGACCGCAACUAUAUCGACCGGAGUUAAUAGCGGAAGUACGAAAUAUUCUCGCUACACUGCCAGUAGCUCAGAAUCCUCAAGCAGAGGUAGUAAGACAUCGCUGAACAACGUCAUUUUGGAUCGGCCUCGUACGAUGCUAAAGUAAG